AGACUAAACGCGUUUAGGAAGACUAGUUCAACCUUCUUCUUCUUCAAUCUUCAGCGAGUCUUCUCUCCUCUAACACUCUCAUUAAUUAAAUUAACAUUUGUCUCUACGGUUUAUGCAACUAUAGUGCUAUUAAACUACUAUAUCCUUUACUCCCCAGAUCUCUCUGUUUUUCUCUCUUGUCUUGGGGUGAUCUCUACUCUCUGGGUUUGGUUCAUUUCAUCCUUCUCUUAUCUAACUUCGUUUCAAGUCACAAACUUUUCAUUACCCUAUUUGAUAUUAUCUCUUGCUGUUUGCUUGUUUCCGGUUUUAAUCUUCUAUUCAAUAGACCCAAAUUAGUAGUGUUUAUCAGUUCAUCUGUGUAGAAAACUCGAAAGCUUUGGUUUCGAUCCUUGCACGUGGUCUUAGGCAUAGAAAGGGGUUGACUUUUCAUGUCAUUAGAUUGUUUUUGAGCGUCUCUUGUCAUCAGAUCUUGAUUCUAGAGAUUGAGAUUUCAGUGUGGUGGUAUUGGAUGGGUAAUACUUGUGUUGGACCAAGCAGAAAUGGUGGUUUCCUGCAAUCCGUCUCCGCUGCAAUGUGGCGGCCACGAGAUGGAGACGACUCUGUUUCUCAGAGCAAUGGUGGCGAUACUGCAAGUGAAGCUGUUUCAGGAGAGCUUCGUUCUCCAUCAUCAUCAUCAUCUGAUCAAGUAGUCCUGAAUAAACCUCCUGAACAGAUCACAAUGCCAAAGCCGCCAGUGGAGACCAACAACAUCGAGACAAAGGCCAAAUCCGUUGUAGAGAUUCAGCCUGAGAGUCCAAAACCAGAGACCAUGCCGGAGAUUAAGGUGGAGACAAAAGCUGAGACUACUCAAGCCAAGCCUAAGAAGCCUAAGCACAUGAAGAGAGUGACCAGUGCAGGCCUCAGGACUGAGUCAGUGUUACAGAGGAAAACUGAAAACUUCAAGGAGUUUUAUUCCUUGGGAAGGAAACUCGGACAAGGGCAGUUCGGGACGACUUUUCUAUGCGUGGAGAAGUCCACGGGGAAGGAGUUUGCCUGCAAGUCCAUUGCUAAGAGGAAGCUAUUGGCCGAUGAGGACGUGGAAGACGUGAGAAGAGAGAUUCAGAUAAUGCAUCACUUGGCUGGUCACCCUAAUGUCAUAUCCAUCAAAGGAGCUUAUGAGGAUGUUGUGGCGGUGCACCUUGUGAUGGAGUGUUGUGCAGGUGGAGAGCUUUUCGACAGGAUAAUUCAGCGGGGUCACUACACGGAGAGGAAAGCCGCUGAGCUCACUAGAACAAUAGUUGGGGUGGUGGAGGCUUGUCACUCUCUUGGUGUCAUGCAUCGUGACCUCAAGCCUGAGAACUUUCUGUUUGUGAGUAAACACGAAGAUUCCCUCUUGAAGACGAUUGAUUUUGGACUCUCUAUGUUCUUUAAACCAGACGAUGUUUUUACGGAUGUUGUUGGUAGUCCAUAUUAUGUAGCUCCUGAAGUUCUUAGAAAGCAGUAUGGUCCUGAAGCUGAUGUGUGGAGUGCUGGUGUGAUUGUCUACAUUUUGUUAAGUGGAGUUCCUCCUUUCUGGGCUGAGUCAGAACAAGGUAUUUUCGAGCAGGUCCUCCACGGUGAUCUUGACUUUUCAUCUGAUCCUUGGCCGAGCAUAUCUGAAAGUGCCAAAGACUUGGUGAGGAAAAUGCUUGUUCGGGAUCCCAAGAAGAGACUAACUGCUCACCAAGUAUUAUGUCAUCCAUGGGUACAAGUGGACGGUGUGGCUCCUGACAAACCUCUGGAUUCUGCUGUUCUGAGCCGUAUGAAGCAAUUCUCUGCAAUGAACAAGUUCAAGAAAAUGGCUCUUAGAGUCAUUGCUGAGAGCUUAUCUGAAGAAGAAAUAGCCGGCUUGAAAGAAAUGUUUAACAUGAUAGACGCCGACCAAAGCGGUCAGAUAACUUUCGAAGAACUCAAGGCAGGACUAAAACGUGUUGGGGCUAAUCUCAAAGAGUCAGAGAUUCUCGACUUGAUGCAAGCUGCUGAUGUGGACAACAGCGGAACAAUAGAUUACAAAGAGUUCAUAGCGGCAACACUGCAUCUAAACAAAAUCGAGAGAGAGGACCAUCUGUUUGCAGCCUUUACAUACUUUGACAAAGAUGGGAGCGGUUAUAUAACACCGGACGAGCUUCAACAAGCUUGUGAGGAGUUUGGUGUUGAGGAUUUCCGCAUAGAGGAAAUGAUGCGUGAUGUUGAUCAAGACAACGACGGGAGAAUAGACUAUAACGAGUUUGUGGCGAUGAUGCAAAAGGGAAGCAUCACAGGAGGUCCAGUGAAGAUGGGACUAGAGAAAAGCUUUAGCAUUGCUCUUAAACUCUAGUUUUCAGUCUAUUAAAAGAAAAAUUACAAAACCAAAGUCAAAGACAAAAAGAGUUUCUUUUGAUAAUAUAUGAUUGAUUGUGUUGAAGACAACAAAUACACAAGCCAAGAUUCUCAAUCUUUUGGAUGAGUUUUGUCUAAAUUUUUGAAAACUUGGUUGGUA